GGUGGAAGUCGAUGUAGGAGGCCGCAAAUGUGGUGCCUUCAUAGAUAUAGGCUCCAUGCGGAAUUACAUAAGGCACGACUGUUUGGAAAGGCUGCACCUACAGGACCGGGUACAGCACCUUAGUAGACCUGUAGCAUCUACUUUGGCCAACAAGGAGCGCAUGAUUGUAACAGACUAUAUCAAGGACGUAGUCUGUACCUUCUCCUAUGGACGAGGAGAACUUAAUCAUAAGAUUUCGUUCUUGGUUAGCGACGACUUACCAUUUGACAUGUUGUUAGGCAUGUACUACCUUGAGGUUGCUAAGCCCCAAUUUGACAGGGAUAAGAAGGUGCUAAAGCAUAAGUUGCCCGAUGGCAGAACAGUCAGAUUGACUAAGUUCAAAGCCAGUAGCAUUAUAGAUACCUAUGGCUGCUUGUGCGCAUCAGCGUUCUACAACUAUUAUAAGCAGAAUCAAGAGGAAGGUAUGUACCUAGUGUAUGUCUCUGAGAAAGAGGAGGUCGUUAAAACACCCCCAAAGAUAGAACGUGUCGUUGCGAAGUUCCCUGAUCUGUUCGAAAAACCUACAGGGGUCGUAGAAAGGGAAGUUGUCCACGCUAUAGAAAUCAUUCCAGGGAGUAAAACCCCAAAGGGAAGGAUCUAUAGGAUGGCUCCCGCCGAGUUAGAUGAACUCCGGCGACAACUGAAAAAGCUGACAGAGAAGGGAUGGAUUCGGCCUAGUACUUCCCCUUACGGAUCUCCCGUGCUAUUCGUACCUAAGAAGGGGGGUACAUUGAGGAUGUGCAUUGACUAUAGAGGCCUCAAUGYCAUCACAGUGAAGAACGCAGAGCCUCUACCUCGCAUAGACGACCUACUGGAUAGGGUGCAGGGAUGCAAGUACUAUACAAAGAUAGACUUGAAAUCCGACUAUCAUCAGAUCGCUAUAAGACCUGAGGACCAACACAAGACAACUUUUCAGACACGUUAUGGUUUGUAUGAGUUUGUAGUGAUGCCCUUUGGUCUUUGCAAUGCGCCGGGAACAUUCCAGCACGYUAUGAAUCGGAUCUUCCAUGACCAUUUAGAUAAGUUUGUCGUGGUCUACCUAGACGACRUUCUGAUCUUYAGUAAGUCUGUCGAGGAGCAUGCACAGCAUGUUGAGACGGUACUUUCACUCCUUCGACAGCACAAGUAUAAGGUCAACUUAGAGAAGUGUGAAUUCGGUCGCACUAAGAUAUUAUACUUGGGUCAUGAAGUAUCCGCGGAAGGGAUUAGGCCGAAAGAUGCGAAGGUGGCUAGUAUACGCAACUGGCCACGACCUCAGACAAUCACUGAGGUCAGAUCUUUCUUAGGAAUGUACGGCUAUUAUAGGAACUUCGUCAAGAACUAUUCUACACUCGCCUCUCCUUUGACUGGUCUAACUCGACUUGACACGUCGUGGGACUGGAGUGAUGAGUGCGAGGGUGCUUUCAAGAGAUUGAAGCAUGCACUCAUGAAUCAUGAGGUCCUCAUGGUUCCCGAUCCUCAGAAGCCAUUCACCACUGACGCAAGCCAAUACGACAUUGGCGCAGUGCUGGCUCAACAGGAUGGGAAAAAGUUGAGACCGAUUGAGUACAUGAGCAAGAAGAUGCCAUCAAAGAAAUUGGCAAAGUCCACCUACGAAAGGGAACUCUAUGCUCUAUAUAAAGCAUUUGUCCAUUGGAGACACUUCCUAUUGGGAAGGUUCUUCUACUUGAGGACUGAUCAUCAGACCCUCAAAUGGAUCAAGACUCAAUCGGCUCUUUCUGAUGCACUCAAGCGAUGGAUUGAGAUCAUAGAUCAAUAUGACUUCAAGCUUGGGUAUCUGAAGGGAGAGUACAAUAAGGUUGCAGAUGCGCUAUCACGUAGGGCAGACUACCUAGGUGCGCUAGUUUCCGACUUUGGCAUAACUGAUGAAGUAACUCAAUCGUUGGUAGGAGCCUAUCAGGAAGACCCUGUCACGAUGGACAUCAUUCGCAAACUUCAGGCAAAAGACAAGGCCACAGAGAAUGACGCAAAGAAGUACGUAGAGACCUGUCAGGUCUGUCAGCGGGACAAGCCGCGAACUCAAGCACCACUUGGGUUGUUGAAGCCCUUACCUAUCCCCGCUGGUCCAGAACAGGGUGUUUCCAUGGAUUUCAUGGAUACCCUGGUGCCAGAGACCGCAAGGACUGACCAUGUCAUCAAGUUGUUCAAGGACAACUGGGUGCAUGACUUUGGUUUACCAAAGACCAUCGUUAGUGACAGAGAUGUCCGCUUCACAAGUGAGCUAUGGAAGAAGAUUGCUGAACAGAUGGGCAGUCAACUUCAGAUGACUUCACGGAAUCAUCCCGAAGCCAACGGACAAGCCGAACAAAUGAACAGAGUUGUUCAACACUUGCUAAGGCAUUACAUCAAGCCCAGCCAGGAUGACUGGGAUGAGCAAUUGCCUCUCAUCGCCUACAUGUACAACAAUGUUGUACACAGCAGUACCGGCGUUAGUCCUAACCAGCUGCACUUGGGAUGGAAGCCUAGAUCCACCCUAGACUUCCUCCUACCUGAAAACCAACCCGCUGCAACUCCAGGCACACUCGAGUAUGGUGUGCCGUAUGAGAAGUUGCUGCAGGAAGCUGUCGAGCAUAUGAAGAAAGCUCGCCAAGCAAUGAUUGCUUCUGAGAAUCAACAUCGUAGACAGUCCUCAUUUCAGGUAGGGGAACGAGUUUGGGUCAAGGCUAGUGAGCUAGGACAAGAAUUCGGAAUCUCUCGUAAACUAAUGCCUAAGUAUUUUGGUCCAUGGGAAGUCCUGGAUAUAGUGGGAGAUGAGAUGGAUGGUUCCACAUAUGUCAUCCGUGUCCCUGGACACCUACACACUUACCCUGUCUUUCAUGCCUCAAAGCUUGCACCUUUCGCUGAGACAGAUCGAUUCCCUUCCAGGAGAUCGAUGCUGCCCCCAACCAUGGAUGGUCAAGUGGACAUCGACGACAUUGUGGAUCACAGGGACAUGCCUGUUCCAAAGCCGCUGGGCCGAGGAAGAGCUCCCAAGCCCAAGAGAGAGUACCGCGUCAGAUUUAGGCAUCACACGGAUCCAAAAGAAGAUCGUUGGUUUACUAGAGAGGAACUGAUUGAGACAGCUCCUCAGGUGGUGGCAUAUUAUGAGAGAAAGCUGAAAGGGAAGGCACCUGCGAAGUAAGCAUCUCAACGGACUUUCGAAGCUAAGGGGUGGAGGAGACGUACCUGGUGGAGGUGGAGGUCGGCAUUGGUGUUGACAUCAUCACUCGCUGGUCGUCAAGUUGUCUGGUUGCUUCGUAGCUGUAGUUGUAGAGAUAGGCUGUAGAGUAGGUAGGGCGCCUGGCGCCAUUCAAGAGAGAGAGCUACAUUGAGUUAUGCUGUUGGUGUUGCCCUGUUGGGCUUGGACAUUGACUCACGAUUCUUUUGUAUCAUUCUCAAAUGGAUGGUUACUCUGUUCCAUUGUGCUAUCUACUCUUGCUUUGACUACUUGGACUUCAGUGUGAUUUUGCAAUCUGGAUUUCUGUGCUUCGUCCAUACUCAUGUUCCUUGCACAAAUCAUCCAACCAAUAAAUUAGUCAAUCAAUC